AGUGACAUUUCACUGGCCCUACACUGUGAUCAAUAAUUCAUUUUUGGAAUAUAGUAUCCUGAAAUAAUGCCUCAACAAUGCCUUUUAAUUAGAAACUAAUCUGUAAUUUGAUACCCGCUGAUCAAGUUAUUGGCAUUAAAACAAUAUACAGAAUCAUCCAGCCGAUCAAUGCAAACAACAACUGAUGUAGAUAUUUUACUCUUGACUCAUGAUAUAUACUACUUAUUACUUAAAAUAGAUCGAAAAAAUGAUCUAGAAAGUUUCAUGAAAAUGAUGAUGCUUCAACAAUUUCAACAACAAAAUUUAUUAUAUCAAUCUGCCUUAUUAAAUACAUUGACUAAAGAAGAACGUGCACAAUAUAUAACACAUUAUCUUCCAUAUGGAGAUAUUAUGAAAUCAGAUGUUGAGCGUGAAAAGAAACUAUUAGCUUUGGAGAAUGAAAACGCUAGAAAACGUAAUCGAUCAUUUCGAAGUUCCAGUGGGUUACAAAAUAAUGAAAAUGCAAGUAAAUUACGUAUCUUUGGUUAUAUUCACUUAUUUGCUGUUAUUAUAAAACAAUCAAUGACACAGCCUCCUUUUAGAUUAUCAAAUGAAGCCAGUUUUGCAUUAAUGCUACGUUAUUCAGUGAAUUAUCUAGCUGAUAGCCUGAAAGAUAUAAACAAAGAUCUUGGAAAAAAAUUGAAUUUAAUGAAUAUGAAUAAAGCUUAUCAAUUCUCUUCAUUAUUAAAUAGUAAAUUAGAUAAUAAACAACAGAAAACAUUAAAAAUGGAAUUACAAGAUAUACUGGAUAGUAUACUAAUUGAGCUAACUGAAAAAUUGUCUGAAAAACCAUUAUUUGCAAUCAAUAAGAAGUCAACUAUUUAUUCUAUGUUGAAAAAGGAUCAAAUUUAUCCGAAAAACUAUUUUAUUACAUUAGAAAAGACUCAAAUUAAUUUAACUGAAACAAGGAUGCUAUCUACUGUUACUUUAUAUGAAACGAAACUACUUAUAUUUGGUUUAGUUUUUCUUCGAAUUGUAAUUAUAAAAUUAUUUCUAGGAUUUGAAUUAGGCUUAUCUAAUGCGACAAUGACACCGAAUAAAAUAUCAAUAAAUAAUAAAUUACUUGGAUCAAUUUGUACUUUUAUUUAUCGAAAAGUUAUGGCUGAUAUUAUUAGUGAACGGACUCGAACCACAGAUUUACCAAUACCCGGUGAACUACAAAAUAUUAUUUUUAAUGAUACCGAAAUGAAACAAAUCUACGGUAUGAUUGGAAGGAGGUACUUGACAAACUAUAUUGACAAAUGUAAACGUUGGCUUCAAGAUUAUGGUAAAGCAAUAUUAACCUUGUAAAUUGUAUAACAGCAAUAAUAAUCAUACCUUAUUAUUACGUAAUAUAAAAAAGAAAGCAAAAAAAAUCAAAGUAUUUUUAAGAGCUCUAGAACAAUGCCUAUAUAGUUUGACUACUAUCUGAAGACGAUACUACUGAUUGCAGAAUCAUUUGAGUAGUAUAAUACAAUAAGAUUUAUAAUUUAUAUACAGUAUGAGAAUAGUAAUAAUGUAAUAUUAUUAAGGAUUUGUAAUAACAA